UUUGUGGUAGGAAGAGACGGAGUCUGCGGUACUGUGUGUGAACAUUCCCCUUUCGACGGCAUCGUACUGGUGCAGUGCACUGAACACUUGCUCAAGCACAUGAAAGAAAGCUCCAAGAAAUUAGUUCGAGCCGAUUCCGUGAGCGAGCUUCCUGCUCCACGGAGACUAAGAUGGAAAUGUUCCCCUGAAAUUCAGGCACGUUUGGCGUCAUCAGCAGAAAAACUCCAAAGGAUAGUAAAAAAUCUGGACUUUAUCGCCUACAAGUUUGAGAACUAUGGAAAGGAAUUUAUUAAGAAACAAAAGAUUAGCCCAGAUGCCUACAUUCAAGUAGCACUUCAGCUGGCAUUUUACAGAUGCCACAGGAGACUUGUCCCUACCUACGAAAGUGCUUCCAUACGCCGAUUUGAUGAGGGCAGAGUCGACAAUAUCAGGUCUGCUACCUUGGAAGCAUUUGCUUUCGUAAAAGCAAUGACUGAUGACAAGACAGCUCUAUCGGAUUCUGAGAAGAUGCAGAGAUUUAAGGAUGCAAUUGCAGCUCAGACUAAUUACACUAUUCUGGCUAUUACUGGAAUGGCAAUAGACAAUCAUCUGCUAGGGCUCAGAGAGGUGGCACGGGAACACUUCAAGGAACUGCCAGAGAUAUUUACAGACGAGACAUAUUUGAUGAGCAAUCGAUUCAUCCUUUCAACCAGCCAGGUUCCAACUACUAUGGAAAUGUUCUGCUGCUAUGGGCCUGUGGUGCCCAAUGGUUAUGGGGCAUGUUAUAACCCUCAGCCAGAGCAUAUACUAUUCUGCAUCUCAAGCUUUAAAGAUUGUAAAGAAACCUCUUCAGACAUGUUUGCAAAAGCUGUGGAAGAAAGUCUCCUAGAAAUGCGAGAUCUGUUCAGCAAAUGCAACUCUACUAUGGCAAAGCCACAUGCUAAACAAGAAGCAGCCACACAGCUGCAGAGUGACCGCAAACUCUAA